GAUUUGCGGGACGUCUAUGAGAUGACUAUGGUGACCAAUGAAGUAAGUUGGUCUGUUGUUUUGAAGAACUGCUUUUGAAAAUAUGAAGUCAGAGUUUCCAGUAAUCUACCCAAUAUUUGAUUAAUAUCUGUCAAACCAUGAACAACCAAGUCAUGGAAACCGAUGAUAAUCAAACUGCUAGCACUACAACACUACUGCACACUGAACAUCUACAGCAAAUAUGGGAUCACCUAUCUGAAGAUGCCAAGAGACGAUUCAAGCCCCUGAGUCCAUCUCAGAGGUCGAACAGGGCAGCUGUAUGGCGCCACCUGCUGUCCCUAAUGAGAGACGGCGACGGUCGGGCGGCCGUGCUGUGUGCGGCGCGCGGCCUGGUGCCGGCGCUACUGGCCGAGCUCGGGCGGCGCGCAGCCGACUCUCCGGCGCCGCUGCUGGCCGCGCUGGCCGACACAGUGCGCCUGCUGCCGCAGCUGGACAGCGCCGUCGAGUUCCUGCUGGUGGGCGUCUCCCGGCCGCCGUGGCCCGGCCGGACCGACCCGCCGGCGGCCGAGCGGCGCUCCAAGAAACCGCGGCUGGAUGAAGGGCCGGCGCGGCGUGACCUGCUGGUCGCCCUGCUGCCGCUGGUGCAGCGGUUCCCUGAACGACUGCGCCAGCUGUGGGACUGGUCCGGCUGUCUGCCGCUGCUCCAGGACCCGGACCCGGAGACGCGUUGGCUGGCCGCCCGGAUACUGGCGCUCAUCUCUGGCAUGGGUCCCGGACAGACGGAGAGACUGGCGGCGGCGAGCGGCGUCACGGGGGAGGACGAGAUCCGUCUGACAGCCCGCCACCUGAACCCCACUCCAAUGGUGACUCCCCCCGCCGCCGGCGGAAGAUCACCGUCACCUGACCGUGACGUGAUGGUGACGUCACCGGCCCCGCUGCUGACGUCAGAAGACAUCUGCGGUCAGCUGGUGUGUGUUGAGGGCGUGACGCUGCCGGUGGUGGACGCAGCGGCGGCCUGCGCCGGUCCACUGGUCCUCGUCCCGGACACGCGGGCCGCCCUGCGCAGUCUGGCGCUGGCUGUGGCAGCCGGCCGGCCGGCGCUGCUGCAGGGCCCCGUCGGAUCGGGAAAGACAUCUCUAGUUCACCACCUGGCGGCCGUGACCGGUCACGUGGGCUACCCGCGCCUGGUGAGCGUCCAGCUGGGCGAUCAGACUGACAGCAAGCUGCUGCUGGGCUCGUACCGGUGCACGGAGGUGCCGGGAGAGUUUGUCUGGCAGCCGGGCUGUCUGGCGCAGGCUGUGACUGACGGCAGCUGGCUGCUGAUGGAGGAUAUCGACCGCGCGCCCAUGGACGUGGUCUCGCUGCUGGUGCCGCUGCUGGAGUCGCGCUGUCUGACCGUGCCCGGACACGGGGAUCUGGUGCGCGCCGCGCCCGGAUUCCAGCUGUUCGCCACACAGCGGCUGCUGCCGGGCGCCGGCGGGGCGCUGCACAAACAGCAGACCUCGCACGCGGCGCUGCUCGACAGGCUGUGGCUGCGUGUUGCCGUGCAGCCGCUGUCGGGCCGCCAGCUGAGCGAGGCAAUGGUACACCGCUGGCCGCGGCUGAACACCGUCGCCAGUCGACUGCUGGAGGUUUACACAGUGAUGACCUCGGUCAGGGACGACUCUGAGGGGGCGACGGUGGCGGCGGAGCGGGCCGAAACUGCGCGACUUCAGAUGAAAGAGGCGCGGUUGGUGUCGACACGGGACCUGAUGAAGUGGUGUCAGCGCGCUGGUGACGACUUCGACGUGACGUCGGCGCAGUGCGCCAGCAGGAUGUUCCAGGACGCCGCGGACAUUUUCUGCGCGGCCGUGGCGCGCCGCGAGCUGCGCCUGCCGCUGGCGCAGGAGAUCGGCGCGCGGCUGGGCCUGCUCAGCGCUCAGGUGGAGUUCAGCGUGACCAGCCAUAAGCCGAGCGUCACAGAGACGGCCGAUGUGCUGACCGUGGGCCGCGCGCGGCUGCCGGUGGCGCGCUCCGCCGGCCGCCCCGCCGUCACCUUCUCGUUCACGCGCCAGGCGUGUGUGCUGCUGGAGCGGGUCGGCGUGGCGGUCGGCUGCCGGGAACCGGUGCUGCUGGUGGGAGAGACGGGAGUUGGUAAGACGAGCAGCGUGCAAUACCUGGCCGAGCGGACCGGCCGACGACUGGUAGUGAUCAACAUGAACCAGCAGAGUGACAGUGCCGAUCUGCUCGGUGGCUACAAACCCGUGGACAUGAAACAGGUGAUGGCGCCGCUGCGAGACGAGUUCGAGACGCUCUUCAGGGAGACAUUCGACGCGGCUUCCAACGAGAAGUUCCUGCGUAACAUCAUGACGCUGUUCGCUGCCGGCCGGUGGAAGGACCUCACCGCUCUAAUGCGUCACGUGCACGGCCAGGCUCCGUCUCGGCUGCGGCGCCGCGGCCUGCCGCCCGACCACCGUCUCUGGACCGGCUGGCACGCGGUCGGCCAGCGCCUACAGUCGCUCAAGGACAAGGGUCAGCGUCAGCUGGCGCUCGCGUUCGCCUUUAUCGAGGGUACUCUGGUGAAGGCGGUGCGAGAGGGCCAGUGGGUGCUGCUGGAUGAGAUCAACCUGGCCUCGGCGGAGACACUGGAGUGUCUCUCCGGCCUGCUGGAGUCCCCGGACGGGCCGCUGACCCUGCUGGAGCGGGGAGACGUACAGACGGUGCCUCGACACCCCGAUUUCCGACUCUUCGCAUGUAUGAACCCGGCCACAGACGUCGGCAAGCGUGACCUACCGGCCGGCCUGCGCAACCGGUUCACAGAGCUGUUUGUGGAUGAGCUGGAGGACGCGGCCGACCUACGAGUGCUGACGGCAGACUACCUACGCCACCUGGGUGUCACAGGCGCUCAGGUCAGCGGCGUGGUUUCCUUCUACCAGCGGGUGCGCGCGGCGGCGGCCGACCAGCUGCAGGACGGCACUGGCCACCGGCCCCACUACAGCCUGCGCACGCUGUGCCGUGCACUGCGUGUCGCCGCCGGCAACCCAUGCGGAGGUGUGCCGCGCUCCCUGUACGAGGCGCUCUGUCUGAGCUUCCUCACGCAGCUGGACCGCGCCUCCUACCCGACCGUGACGGGGCUGAUACAAAGUCUGGUGCUCGGCGGCAAGAGCAAAGCGCAGCUCUCGCAGCCGAUACCGGCGCCAUCUCGCGGACAGUGUGUGCAGUUCGAGGGCUACUGGGUACGUCAGGGUCAGCUGGAGCCGCGUGCACCCGAACACUACGUCCUCACUCCGUCUGUGAAGGAGAACCUGCGCGACCUGGCGCGCGCCGUGUCUCUCGGCGGCCUGCCCGUGCUGCUCCAGGGAGAAACAUCCGUCGGCAAGACGUCGCUCAUCUCCUAUCUCGCCGCAGCAUCCGGAAACCGCUGUGUGCGCAUCAACAACCAUGAGCACACAGAUUUGCAGGAGUAUGUUGGCGCAUACGGUGCCGACGAGACCGGCAAGCUGGUGUUCAAGGAGGGCGCCCUCGUAGAGGCCAUGCGGCGGGGACACUGGAUCAUCCUCGACGAGCUGAACCUUGCGCCCUCGGAUGUACUCGAGGCGCUGAACCGCGUCCUGGACGACAACCGUGAGCUGUUCAUCGCGGAGACGCAGACGGUAGUGCGCGCACAUCCUCGAUUCAUGCUGUUCGCCACGCAGAAUCCUCCUGGUCAGUACGGCGGUCGCAAAAUGUUGUCACGUGCCUUCCGCAAUCGCUUCAUCGAGCUUCACUUUGACGACAUCCCAGCAGCCGAGCUGGAGACGAUCCUGCACCAGCGCUGCCGCGUGCCGGCCAACUACUGCAAGAAGAUGGUGGCGGUGCUGCUGGAGCUACAGACGCGUCGCCGUGGCAGCAGCGUCUUCCAGGGCAAACAGGGUUUCAUUACACUGCGCGACCUGUUCCGCUGGGCAGAGCGCUACCGGCAGGCCGGUGAUCAGACGACUCGCUUCUACGACUGGGACCAGCACGUGGCCGAUGAGGGUUACCUGGUGCUGGCCGGCCGCGUGCGGCGCGACGAGGAGUGUCAAGUGAUCGCCACAGUGCUUCAGAAGCACUUCAAACGCACCGUGACACCAGAGAAUCUCUUCUCGCUGCAUGCGGCCACCUCGCCUGUGACACGGCCGGUGUUGGAGCAGUUGCUAUCUGAAGGAGACGGCGGUGCUGCACAUCUACCCGCCUUCCGACACCUAGUGUGGACACAGAGUACCCGCCGGCUGGCCGUGCUUCUCUGCCAAGCUCUGAAGUUCCAGGAACCGGUACUUCUCGUCGGCGAUACCGGCUGCGGAAAGACGACCGUGUGUCAGCUGCUAGCAGAGACGGCCGGCCGAAGUCUUCACACAGUCAACUGUCACAUGCAUACGGAGGGAGCCGACUUUCUGGGUGGUCUGCGUCCGGUGCGCACCCGAGCCGAACCGCGCUCAGAUGCUGCAGCCGGGGAUGGUAACGGAGAAGUCAGCGGAGAGGACCCGGCCUCUGGCGGCGGCGGGCUGUUCGAGUGGGUGGACGGCCCGCUGGUGGUGGCCAUGCGUAACGGACACUACUUCCUCGCGGACGAGAUCUCUCUGGCCGAUGACAGCGUGCUGGAGCGUCUGAACUCUGUCCUGGAGCCAGAGCGUACCCUGCUGCUGGCGGAGCGUUCGGGUGGAGACGGAGCUGACCUUGUCACAGCCGAGACGGCGUUCCGCUUCGUCGCAACGAUGAACCCCGGCGGCGACUACGGCAAGAAGGAGUUGUCGCCGGCUUUGCGCAACCGCUUCACGGAAAUCUGGUGCGCCCAAUCGCGCUGUCGAGAAGACCUGGUGGACAUCAUCAAACACAACCUGAUAUCACGAGGUGAGUCCGCCGCGCUGGCCGACGCGAUGAUGGACUUCAUUGAGUGGUUCUCCAGUUCCGACGCCGGGAGGAAGGUGACUGUCAGCAUCCGUGACAUCCUGGCCUGGGUGAACUUUGUUAACACGGUAGCGGCGACUGGCGUUCCACUGCCGCAGGCCUACAUUCAUGGCGCCUGUCUUGUGUUCCUGGACGGACUCGGAUCGGGACAGCCGAGCAGCGCCGCCGGCGCUCUCCGAAACGCCCGCGCGCACUGCCUGCAUGUCCUCUCUGACCAGAUUUCAAAACUCUGCCGAGAUCCUGGGGUGACUGUGGCUGCCAAACCUGGAAAACUUAUCAACACGGACUCGAAGUUUGGCUUUGAGCCGUUCUUGAUCGCCAAGGGCUCCGCUGCGACGGCUGGCUCACUGGAAGGUGUGUUCAGUCUGACGGCUGCCACUCCGGCAGAGAACGCCAGCCGACUGCUGCGCGCCCUGCAGCUCACGAAGCCAAUCCUGCUGGAGGGCAGCCCUGGGGUUGGCAAGACCAGUCUGGUGGCCGCGCUGGCUCGCGUCUCCGGUCACAAACUGACGCGUAUCAACCUUUCCGACCAGACGGACGUCUCGGACCUGUUUGGAGCCGACCUGCCCGUGGAGGGCGGCCAGGGUGGUCAGUUCGCCUGGCGCGAUGGUCCGCUACUACAGGCCCUGAGAGCCGGACACUGGGUGGUACUGGACGAGCUCAACCUCGCCUCACAGUCGGUACUCGAAGGUCUGAACGCAUGUCUGGACCAUCGCGGCUCCGUGUACAUCCCAGAGCUGGGUCGCGAGUUCCACCUGCAGCCAGGUGUCACACGCAUCUUCGCCUGUCAGAACCCGCUGCACGAGGGCGGCGCUCGGAAGGGACUGCCCAAGUCGUUCCUUAACCGGUUCACCCAGGUGUAUGUGGAGCCUCUGACGCCAGCCGACCUGAAACAGAUCGCUGCCACCAGUAGACUGCCCGGCGGCGGUCUCUGCCCGCCCUCAGCCGACCUGGCCAAGAUGUGUGAGUUCAGCCGCCGACUGGACGCGGCCGUCAACUCGCGCAGGGAGUUUGGACAGCGCGGCGGCCCGUGGGAGUUCAACCUGCGCGACCUGACCCGCUGGUGUGAGCUUCUGUCGGCUGAUGCGGCGGUGGAAGAUGGAGGGCGCGCGGCCGGACACCAUGUGCAGCUGUUGUAUGCUGACAGGAUGCGUUCCGCCGCUGACAAGGCCGCCGUACUGCGCCUGUCUGAAGAGGUAUUCGGUGAGAAGUACGAGCGACCGCCCUGCUAUCUGACGGUGACCCGGGAAGCGCUGACGGUGGGAGGAGCACGGCUGGAGCGAGCUGCCGAGCAGAGCCACGUCUUCUCGGCGGCCGACCUCGAGCUGCAGAUCGUGCGCCGUCAGCUGCCUGCCAUGGAAUCGCUCAUCACCUGCAUCAACCGCAACUGGAUGGCGAUCCUGGUAGGACCGCCGGAGAGCGGCAAGACGUCGGUGGCGCGCGCUCUGGCGGCUCUCAGCGGCCACCGUCUGCGCGUGCUGACGAUGAACUCGGCAAUGGACACCACAGAGCUGCUAGGUGGCUUCGAGCAGGCCGACCUGCGUCGGCACCUGGAGCAGGCGCUGCAGGAGCUGGAGGAGCUGCUCUGGUGCGAGGUGCGCGCCCACCUGCUGGACGGCCGGCAGCCGGCGGCGGCGGCGCGCUGCGGCCAGCUGCUCGCAGGCUGGCAGGAGGUGCGCAAAGCCACGGCUCCGCCGGCCGCUGCCGGACUGACGCCAGCUGAGGAGGCCGAGCACUUGGCGGCGGCUUGUGCCGCUGCCGGCCGACUGCUAGAGCUAGUGUCAUCCGAGCGCGCCGGUCCGCUGGCCGCGCGGCUGGCGGCGCUGCGUGCCGCCGCGCUGGCCGAUUCGUCAGUGAACGCCGGAGGUAAGUUUGAAUGGGUAGACAGCGUGCUGGUGAGAGCCCUCCGCGCCGGGGAUUGGCUGCUGGUGGAUAAUGUCAACUUCUGCCCAGCCUCAGUAUUGGACCGGCUGAACGCCCUGCUAGAGCCGGGUGGCGUGCUGGAGGUGAGUGAACGUGGUGUGGUGGACGGCGCCGUGCCCACCGUGCGGCCGCAUCCCUCCUUCCGGCUCCUGCUGGCCAUGGACCCACGGCACGGAGAGAUCUCUCGCGCCAUGCGUAACCGCGGUGUGGAGAUCUACAUGCUCGGUCCGGAGGAGACGGGUGGUGCGCUGUCACCUCUGGACGUGUCGGCGCUGCUGGUGCGCGCCGGCCUGUCGGAGGCGCGCCUCCAGCGGCGCGCGCUGCGUCUGCACGAGGCGGUGCGUCAGCGCGCGCCGGGUGCUGAGCGGCCCGGUCUGCUGGCGCUGCUCAGCUGCGCUGACCUGGUUGGACAGAUGGUGGCGCGCGGCCUAGACGAGACCGAGGCGCUCCGGGAGGCGGCGCUGGACACGUAUGUGCGACCGCUGCUGUCGGGCGCCGCGCGCCGUCAGCUGACCCCUCUGAUCCAGGAGCUGGUGGCCGAGGCGCCGCCACCCGCCCGGCUGCCGCGGCCGGCGCUCGCCUGCGCACCUGUGCCGCUCUACUGGCUGGACGCUGAGUUGGCACGUGCGCGGCAGCUCUGGUCGUCUGUGGAGCAGCUGCUGCCCGGUCCUCCAGCCGCCCGACCCCUGCUUCACGCGCUCCGACAUGCUCUAGAAGCGGUAUCUCCGCGCGGACUGCGGCUCGUCACACUGGCGGCCAGUCAGUCGGGUGACCAGUCCCUGCAGCGGCUGGCGGCGGUGGAAGCUGCGACCCUGUUAGCCCCAGAGGUCGACAAGAACCGACCCGCCGCCUGUUUGCUGCUACUCGCCAAACUCGAGGCCGCACUGUACGAAGAAACUGACCAACAACUGCAAGACCGACUCACCAAAUCGUCGCAGUGGAAGCGCGCCUCCAUGUACGCGCUGUCUGUAGCCGUUGAGAAGGGCCUGGUGACUGCAGGUGCGCUGCCUCACCCGGCUGUGGCACUCCUGGCUCCUCUGUUGCGUGCUCUGGAUGUGGCUCUCUCCAACGGUCUGACGGCGCAGCCCGGACCGGCGGCGGCCAUGGUCUCCCGGUGCCGUGCCGCCCUGCCGUGGCGCCGUCGGCUCCGAGCCCUGUGUGACCGCCGACCGCCGGCUGAUGGCCUGACCGACUGGCUGGCGCAGCUGGCACUCCACUGGCGCUGGACGACACACCACCUUCUGCCGGAGCUACGCCGGAUGGAUCCAAACACCGACGGUCAGACACAGCCGGCCGCGGCGGCGCUGGCUGACCUCUGUGCUCGUGUGGAUGCUCUGAUUGGUGCUGAGGUGAGUCCCCCAGUGCUGUUCGCCGCCCGCGUGACCGAGGCUGUGCAGCGGCCGCCGCCGUUCGCUGACCCGGAGACGGCCGCGCUGGCGGUGGGUUUGACUCGUGUCGCCUGGGCGCUGGAUCCGUACCUGAGUCCGCGCCCGGCCGACGCCCGGCGAGUGGACAACCCGACGAGACUGGUGGAGCUGCUCACGUCGGCUGAAGGUGUCCGAGCACGCCGCGCGCUCACGGAGGCCGUGUGGAUGACACUCAGUCAGGACACUCACACGGAGACGGCGGCGCUCGCACUGCGUUCGGCAGAGGAGCUGCUAGGCCGCCGCGGGCUUCUGAGGGUGACUGCAGAGCCGAUUGUGGAGUUGGAAGAGGAAGAACCCAUGGAACAGGAUGGAGAAAAGGACGACGAUGAGCCGGUGUCGGGGCCGGCCGUGCCGCUACUUGAGGCGCUGCUCAGGUACAAGGAGGCACCACUGGUGCUAGGUGCUGUUUGCAGAAACAGUGCAGUGUCCGACAAAGCGACGAAACAAAUCACCACGGAAUUCGACUAUACUGACAAACUAUACCAGGACCCAGACUCGUUUGCUGCUGAGCUUUUUCAGCUCAGCGCACGCUCUCCGAUGUACAUCGGCUUGUGGCGUGCAGCAGUCGGCUCCGACUCCCCUCCGUCGCUCCAGGCCCGGUUGCGCUCCUCUCUCCUGGCAGCGUACCUUCAGACAGCCGCUUCCGACCCGGGUCACAGUCUCUGGGUGGCCAAACCUCCACCGGAGGACGACGGAGAGGAGCAGCGGCCGGCAGAGCUGCAGAAGCUUCAUCCCCGACUCUACUGCGCUGGUGCGACUCAUGUGAUCGUCGCAGACCUGUGCAAACCUGAUGAUGAGUCCUUACUGGAUUCAGUCGCUAUCGGAGACCUUUUACAUCGCUGCCGAGAAAUGGAAGCUCUGCGCCGACUUCUGUGGAGAAACGCCACCGAUCUGUCGGAUGUUCGGUUCUGUUCUCUUCGUGCUCACCACCGACUGGCUCUUGCCGUGUGGGAGCGCUUCUCUGAAGCUCUCCUGGCCGCCGGAAGACUGCCUGAUGACGUCACAUCGUCUUUGAUUGACGUCAUCAACUCUCUUGCGGCGUCUAGUCAACUCAGUCCUGAACAGGCGGCCUGGCUGACGACUACUGCGGAGAUCGCGGCGCGGGGCGCGGAAGCCGAUGCACCUACAGCGGUCGGCACUGGUGAAUUGUUUGCGCGGGUUGGCGGCGCCCAACUGGCGGUACUGGGUCAGCUGAUGGCUGUGGACCCGGUGGAGGAGCGUCGACUGCUGUUGGAGUACUGUGAUGACGAGGCUGAUGACGUGCAGGAGGACCUGUCGGCUGCCGGCCUGGCUCUGAGGCUGGUCUCCGGAGUGGAGUUGGAGGAUCUGCCCGAGCGGCACGUGCCGGAGUCGGUGCUGCAGCAGCGGCAGAGGCUGGCCGCCCUGCGUCGGCAGAGAGCCGAACUGGACGGUGGCGCCGCGUGUCGGCCGACGCCGCCCACCUACCACCAACUGAAACAGGAUCUGCGGAACUUCCUCUCAUCAGCGGGUAGUCUGUCAGCGCUGGAGGCCGGGUGCGCGGCGAUGACGGCCGCGCUGAAGGCUGACCCACCGGACGGCCGCCGGCUGGACACGGCCCUGCAGCAGCUGCGGACGCUGCUCACCUCCUACUCGAGCUUCCUGGCCGGGUUAGAGGCGCGCCACGGCUGGUACCGCGACCUGACUGCGCCGCUGCUGGCCGCCGGACGGCAGACAGAGUUCGGUCUGCGCGUGCUGCUCGGCUGCGGAGAGCGGCGCGCCCAGGCGGCCCGUCUGCCGGUGCUGCUGCGGCCGCUGCAGCCGACUCUGCUGGAGCUGGCCGACUGGCUGCGGCCAGCGCCGGUCAAACUACACUGCCCGCGUGCGGCCGCUCUCCUGGACACAUUGCGGGACGACACCAAGCCCCACUUGGUGGCAGACUGGAAGAUCCGUGUGCUGAUGCUGAUCUGCCGCGAGCUUACGGCUCAACUAGCGCUGACUGGCGAUGUCAGCGCAUCGGAGGUGGGCGCACUUCUGCGUGAGGCGCGUCUGCUCUGGCAGGCACAGCAGCAGCGCCGGCGCGAUCGGGAACAGCAGAAGGACAGCAUUUACACGACCAAGACCCACUGCCAGGUGAAUGACAUGGAUGAAGAGGCCGAGACUGCCCGUCAAGUGGCGGAGAUGUUCCCAGACUACAGCGAUGCGUACGCAGACCUAAAGCCACCCGGUCUCGACGAUCCGGUCCCCAUCGGAGGAGCGGAUGCCACUGCUGGUGCUGCGUCUCGGGAUGAGCCGGAACUGACACCUGGACAGUUGGCCGAGCUAUGGCAGCUGCACCGUCAGGCGUACGGCGUGUGCGCGGCCGCCCGCUGGCUGCCCGAGCCUCCGUCGGAUGCGGCGCCGGCUGACCUGGUCCGACCGUUCUGCGAGCGUUACCGUCUGUUCUCAGCGUUGUGCGCCUCCCUGUCACCGCAGCUGGAGGCGGCUGCCGACGGUCAGCUGGCGCCAUCCCACCUGGUGGCCGCCGCUGUGCUGGAGGCGGGCACCGCGCCAGAGGCGGCACCGCUCGCGCCGCCGCCGCCUCAGAAACCGUACGAUGUGUACCGCGACCCGCACGUGAGCGAAGUGGCGUCCUGUCGCUCUGUGUUGCGGCGGCUUGAUGGUCGGUGCGAGGAGCUGCUGGCCAGCUGGCCGGACCACCCGGCCCUGGUUGCGCUGCGGCGCUGCGUGGGACGCGUUCUUCAGCAGCCGGUCACCGCGCCUCUCGUGAAGGUCGUCACCGGUCUGGAGCGGGUGCUGGAGUGCGCUCAGGACUGGGAACAGAACGCGCACCGUGGCGUGUCCCUGUCCACGCAGCUGGAGGAGGUCACUGAUCUGGUGCUACGCUGGCGCAAACUGGAGCUCGACUGCUGGAAGCGGUGCCUCGACUCAGCGGCGUAUGAGUGCCACAUGGCGGCCUCGCGCUGGCUGCCGCACCUGCUCGCUCUCGUGGAGGACGGCUCACAGACGGUGGCGGAGAUGACGGCACCGCUACAGCAGUUCGUCGAGAGCAGUCCGCUCGGAGAGUUCCCCGCGCGCCUGCAGAUGCUGCUCUCCGUCCAUCGGCAGAUGGUAUGCGACGGCGCAGCGGCAGCGGGCAAGCGCGGUGGUGGACCUCGUGAGCAACUGAGCGCCCUGCUAUGGAAUCUGUACCAGUACUAUAGCCAGUUCUACCCGGUGGUCGAAAAACAUCUGCGCGGGCUCCGCAAACCCAUCGAGCAGAAGGUGAAGGACUUCGUCAAGAUCGCGCGCUGGAACGAUGUCAACUUCUGGUCGGUGAAGGACACCGUGAAGAAGUCCCAUCGAAUGGUUCACAAGCACGUGAAGGAGUUCCAGGCAGUCCUGGCGCAGCCGGUGUCAGCGGCGCUCCUCGACGUCGAGUCAAUCGACGACGAGGCGCCAUCAGACACUGUUGGCGCCUGGGAUCGGGAGCAGGCGGCACCGCCGGCCGUCACCGUCACGCCGGAGCUGUACAUCGCUCGCGGUCGGGUGGCGCCCGUAGACAGUCCGUACCCGGCCGAGCAGCGUCUGACGCGGCUGCGCCAGCUGUACCUGCGCAGUCGGCGCCUGUGUCGCUCGCUCUACACCCAGUCACCGCUGAUGGAGGAUAUCGCCGCGCUGAACGACGUGACAAGCUGUGUGUGCCAGACGGCCGACAAGCUGAGCCGACUGAAUGUAGACGGUGUGACGGACAAAGAACGAAGAAAGAAGCAGAUCGGCUUCCAGCGGCAGCGCAAGCGGCAGGCGGUGGUGGAGCUGUACCGAACGCUCAAUCGGCUCGGCGUGUCUUACCGACGCGGCCUUAUCACGUGGGAGCAGGAGAGCGCCGAUUUCCGGCUGCUGCUGACCCCGCCGGUGGACGUCACCGGCGGAGACGGCCGGCUCAGCGCCGCCUGGCGAGGCUGCCUCAAGUACGAGUGUCGCGCUGUGUCACGGCUGGCUCUGCUGCGGCGCGCGCUGCUGCAGCCGCACCGCGAGCUCGGCCCGCAGAACCUGGAGCGUAUACGCGGUGUCAGCGCCGACCUGAUGACACAGGUUUGCGCGGCACGCCAGGCGCUCUCGGAGCUGGAGGGCGCCGUCAGUCGGCUCUCUGCGCUGCUGCAGGAGGUAAGCGGUCUUAGCUGCCAGCCGCAGCCGGACGCUCAUGCGGCUGCCCAGCGCCGCUACAGGCGCACCGAAGCCCAUCUGCUAGCUGUCAGCGAGCUCUACCUUCAGCUGCUGCCGCGACUGCGACUUUACCUGCUGGCCGCGCCGGAUGGCCAGCCGACGGUAGCGGCCGGCUCUCUGCGUCUCAGCGCUGGUGCAGAGUCGGACCUCCGGGGCCGAGGCCGCGCGGCGCCCGAGCACGGCCGUCUGCUGGGUCAGCUUGAUGUGGCGCUGGCGGCCAGCCGGGCGGCGCGUGGCCGUCUGCGACGCGCCGGCGCCAGACGCUGGAACUCGCCUCUGCUCUGGACCCGCGACGAUGUCAGUCGUCUAGAGGAGGCGCGCGCUGAGCUGGGACAGGCAGCAGGAGUGAUGACCGAGCUGCGGAGCGCGCUUGGUGGAACAGAGGCAGAUCCGGUGGUGACCGCUCUACGUAGCGCCGAGCAGAAACUGUCUGAGCCGGACAGCCUGCAAUCGAUAGAGGAUUCCUCUGACGACGGUGGCGAAGCGGCGGAGCAGCGGCUGGUGGCUGCCGCCCGGCGUCUCUCCGGUCAGGUGCUGCUCGCCGUGCAGCGGCUGUACCGCACGCAGGAGGAGCGGCAACAGCAGGAGCAGCCGGAAGAGGCUGAGGACGCCCAGGUGGGUCUGUUCUCCGAGCGCGUCCAGCGCCGGCUGCUGGCUGCCAACGAGCAGCUGGACGCCGGCCGCGUGGUACGCACCCUCACAUCGCUGGUCGCCCGUCUGACGGAGGCGCCACUCGAUCGCGAGCGCAGUGGUCGCGUCAUCACGCUCCUGUCACAGCUGGUGCCGCUGCUGAACCAGUAUCAACACCUCUGCACCUUCGUCCUGGUACACCAGAUGACCGCUUACCGUGCUUCAGCCAAGCUGCUCUCUGUUUUGCUCAAGCUGUUCACUGUGAUGGCCCAGAAGGGUUUCUGCACACCCGAAGAUAUGCAGGACGAGGGGGAGGAUUCAGAGGCUGGCACCGAGUUCAAAGAGCUGGAAGACGGCGGCCUGGGCGAGGGUCAGGGAGCCAAAGACGUGUCCGAAAAGCUUGAGUCCGAGGAUCAACUGGAGGGUGCGUACAAGCCCGGUGAGGAGCCGGAGCCGGCCGAUGACGACGUCAAAGAAGAGGAGAACGGCGUGGAGAUGUCCGACGACUUCUCCGGUCGGAUGCAGGACGUGGAGCGGAAAGAAGGUGACGACGACAAGGACGAGAGCGACGACGAGGACGAAGAAGAACCAGACAAACAGAUGGGAGAGGUGGACGGUGAGGACCAGGAACGGCUCGACGAGAAGCUGUGGGGCAGCGAUGACGAGGAUGACGACCAGCCGACUCCCGAGGACGAUGAGCCGCAGGACGGCGGCCACGGGCGUGAAGACGCGCAGCUCGCUGCUAAGGAGGACGACGGUCCAGAGGAGCGGGACGACAGCAAGAAGGAGCAACGUCAGCGACAAGACAUGAAGGAGAACGAAAUGGAGGAAGACGAAGACCAACAGGCGGACCCGUAUCACAACAACUUUGCUCCAGAAGCGGAACCUGAAGAGCUCGACAUCCCCGAACGGGAAGGUGCUGACUCGGAGCGCGGGUCAGAGUCCGACACUGACGGGGAAGAGCCUGAGGAAAACCCUUGGGACAUCGAACAGAAGGCGGACUUUCCGGAUGAGGGAGAGGACAAGGAGCAGGACGCAGAGCAGGAGCAGGACUCGGGCGAGCAGCAGCCUGAGCCGACCAACGCGCCCGAGGAGGCCUCCGAAGACGAAAACGACAAAGCGGAUGAGGAAGGCGAAGAGAAGAAAGGGACGUCAGACGAACGUGCAGACGGAGAUGAACCUGAGCCUGACGAGCAGGAGACGGCCGAGCGCGAGGAACAAGAGGCAUCUCAGCUGGACGCUAGUGAGCAGGCUGGUGAAGCGGCGCAGGAAGAGGCGGCGCGUGGUACGCAGGACCGGUUGCAGCAGCCGCAGCAGGUGGCCGCCGAAGAUCGGCCUGAGGAGCAGAGCGCCAGCGCUGAGCGCACCGACGAGAAGGCCGCUGUCGGCAUGGCCGAGAGCAGCGAGAGCGGUCACCAGGCGGCCGACGCGGCGCAGCUGAGCCGGCCCGAGCCCAGUCGGCGCGAGAAGCAGGAACGCGCUCAGCAGCGUCGACCCGGGCAGUCCGACAGCAAGCGUAGCCUGGGCACGGACAACCAGCCCGUUGAGAAGCGACUCAAGACCGUGGACGCGGACUCCACCGAAGAUGCCGCAGCUGAAGAGGAGAAGGGCGAGCGCGGUGAGAAGCCGAAGCAGUCCGACCUCUACCAGCACAUCCAGGACGCGGAAAAGGAGGACGCACUGGCCGCCGACGCCGCCACGCGGGAGCAGGCGCUUGAACGGCCGGUUCCAGCAGAUGCCGACGAAGACGCGCCGGAGCCGGAAGAGGACGUCCAAAUGCAGGAGGAUGAGGAAGGUGAAAAGGACCAGGACGCUGAACAGCCGGGGAAACUGCAGCCGAUCCGUCCGGAAAAGCUUACUGAUCGUCAGAGUGGCGGUCGUCCUAAGAACGAGGAGGGUGACGAAGAGUCGGCUGGCGGCCCGGAGCGUGGGGAGGUGGACGGUGAGGCAGUUCUUACCGCCUCAGCGCAGCGGCCAGUAGAGAACUCGGCGCACACGGUGCUGGACCAGCUGGACGAGGACGAGUCAGCCGCUGAGCCGCCGCCGCCCGACCUGGAGCAGCUGCGUCGUGAUCUUGAGAGUCGGCUCGACCUCUGGGAACGUGCCGACGACGACAGCGCUGAGGCCGAGGCAGAGGCCGAGCGCGCGUGGCAGCAGUACGAGACGGUGAUUGGUCCGCUGGCACAGGAGCUCUGCGAGCAGCUGCGGCUCAUCCUGGAGCCCACGCAAACGGCCAAGCUGAUGGGCGACUACCGCACUGGCAAGAGACUCAACAUGCGCAAGGUGAUCCCGUAUAUCGCCUCGCAGUUCCGUAAGGACAAGAUCUGGCUGCGGCGUACCAAGCCGUCGAAGCGCGACUACCAGGUUGCGAUCGCCGUCGAUGACUCGUCCUCGAUGUCGGACAGCCAGUCACGCCAGCUGGCGUUCGAGGCGCUGGCGCUGGUGAGCCGUGCGCUGGCGCUGCUGGAGGUGGGGCAGCUGGCCGUGCUCAGUUUCGGCGAGAGCACGCGCCUCUUGCAUGGGCUUCACGAGCCGCUCGGCGCCGCUGCUGGCGCGCAGCUGCUGCGUCGCUUCACGUUCGCGCAGUCGCAGACGCGCGUGGCAGCCAUGCUAGAUAGCGUGACGGCGCUGCUAAGUGGGGGAGGCGGCCGGCGUGCUGCCCGCCUCCUGCUGGUGGUCUCCGACGGACGCGGCCUGUUCCACGAAGGCCAGGAGACUGUUCGGCGGGCGGUGCGUCGCGCCCGCCUGGCCGGCAUCUUCCUGGUGCUGCUGAUCGUCGACAGUCCGGACAGCAACAGCAGCGUGCUGGACAUCCGGAUGCCUCGUUUCGGCUCAGACGGACGGCUGCUGGGCAUCCGGCCCUACCUGGACAGCUUUCCGUUCCCGUUCUACGUGAUCCUGCGCGACAUCGGUGCGCUGCCCGCCGUGCUUUCGGACGCGCUGCGACAGUGGUUCGAGCUAGUUACCGCUGCGGAUCGGUAGCGGCUGUGGAUCGGGUGGACUUCAGGGACAGGCUACGGGUGGCGUUGGGGCUUCCCGUUGUGUAUCUGCUGUGAAUAGGUAUAAAGCGACAGGGCAUCAGAAAAUGUGUCAUCGUUUGAUAACUGUUGUUGGAGUUGUGGCAAGGGAGCGGUUAUUUUGUGGCUGUUGCAUAGUUGGAGUUGUGCAGGUCUUAUGCUAUGCCUACGCGGUAUGUUUUCGAGUAUGACGAACGCGAUGCUGGGUAAUAAAUACCAAGUGGUGUGCA